AACACCCAUUGGACCUUCAUCCGGUUGGAGGCAGAUCCACGCGCAAAGGGCAAUACCGACAUUUCAUCCUCCCACUGUCCAUUUCUAGGCAUCCGGCGUCCUCGUCCAUAUCGGUUCUUCUUUACCUGGCUACUUUUCUAGCUUCACAGGGUCUCCAUUUCUUCUCAGCAACAGUGUCUGGUUCACUCAAACAACUGUCAAGGGAUUUUCGUUUCUUGAUGUCUGACUCCAACCCCUUUCCGAUUUCUUCAGAUCAAGUGCAGGACUAUGCUACAGGUUUCAGUCACGGUGGCUAUGGCUCACCCGUGUCAAUGGCUGGUCAGCAGAAUGAGGAAUUCCCACAGGACGGACAAUUUGUGCAGAAUGAUCAGUUAUUGCAGAGUGAUCAGUUUAUGCAAAAUGAUGUCCCUAAUGAAAGUGAUGGUGGCACAAAUAAUGUAGAGAAUAACUUGCUUUGGCCAGUUCUACCUGGUGAUUCUGGUGAAGGCUUGCCGUAUGCUCCUAUUGAUUGGCCAUAUCCUGGUGAUGUUUGGACGUGGAGGGUAGGAAGGAGGUUUAACUCUUCAGGCUACUUCCAAGAUAGAUUUCUGUAUCUUCCAAAGAGCCUUGGGAAACAGACUUUUGCCAGCAAGGCUGCUGUUGCGAAUUACAUUCAAUCACAAUUCCCAGGUUCAGAUAUUGAUGCAUUUUUUGCAUCCUUUGCUUGGAAGAUCCCAGUAAAAAUUCAACCUCCGCCAAAAGAGGAACCUGCCAUCUCUGUUUUGGAGAACGCUCUGCAGGAUGAAAAAGUGGCAGGUCAAGAAGAAAAGAAAGAAGAAAACCUUCAUUCAGGCUUGGGAAAAAGGAGGAGGAAUGCAGUAUCUACACCCAAACAAGCAACACAGAAUGGAGCAACAUCAUCCUCCACUCCUAAGCGAACAAAACAGAGCAGAGCUAAAUCAUCCCCGGCACCUAAAGGAACAAAAAAUAAAUUGUCACCCACUCCUAAGCGAACAAGACAAACUAAGCAAACAAACCAGAAUGGAACUGCGCCAUCAUCCACAGCUAAGAGGAAAACUAGGCAUUCUUCUAGACGAAAUGUCCCCAGUGAUAAAGGUGGUGUUUUUAUCACAGAGGAAUCAGCAGUUGAACCAAUUCCAGAGGAUUUUGAUAACUAUCUCAACUCUUUGGAAGACAUUCUCACCCAACCUGUUUCUGGUAACCUUUCUUCUGCCAGCAUGGAUUCUUAUACUGCACAAAAUGAAAUGGCAGAAGCCCGAAGUAAGCUUUCUUCUCUUCUAGUCAUGGAUUUUCCUUCGUUGGUGUUAUCAAACAAAAUUUCGGAACUUGCAAAUCUAGCAUCCAAACUUCGGAAGGAUCCUACCUUGAAUGCUGAACAACUUGUUAAAUUGAAGUUGAUUGAAGAAAUUUCAUCAUUCACUGAGGUUUUCCUAGAGAGUAGAGAAUUAAUAGAGCAGGUUGACGAUUUCUUUGCUACCCUUGAGGCAAAAAAGGCCAAAGUUGCUUCUUUGAAGAAAGAGUAUAAUGAAUUAAAGGAAAAAACGGACCAGCUUCAAGCUCAGGUGGACUCAAACUUAAUGACUGUGCAAGAAAUUGACAAUCAAAUUGCUCUACUUCAAUCCAGGAGAGCUGAGCUUACUAAUGCAAUUGAGACAAACAAGGAAGCAAAGGUUGAGGUGGUUUAUGCUCAAAAGUUGGUGGCAAAUGCUAUCCCAAAGGUGGUGAAUGAGAUUCAGCUGGCCAACUCCAGAAUACCAGAAUUGGAGCUGAAAAAGACCAAUGCUGUCAAGCGUGAAUCUGAAAUUCUGGCAAAAUUUGCGCCUCUACAAGGUUUUUCUCUUUAAGCAUGUCCUUAGAGCCCUUGCUUUUUAAGUCUUUUGAACCAUGUUUCCAUGUUUAAUAUGGCAAUAGUUUCUGUUACAUGGCUUGGACUUCAUAUCGUUUUGUUGUGAUAUCACUACUUGUAUUCGUCGGAUAGAACUUCGGUUGGUACUUUCAUUAGCCCCAACCCCCCCACCCCAAAAAAAAAAAAAAAACCUUUAUGUAAUCGAUUCUAACUAAUGUAGAAAGUUAAGCUUUAAUUGUUGUUGAUUUUAA